UUUACUCUUUGAAUUCGGUAUGUAGAUUGUCCUUGUAAGCUACAAUAUGGCUGCUCCUAUAAGAAAAGCCCUUGUCCACAAAUUUUGUAUGUGCCAUAGUGCUUCCCGAAGUUUAAACUUAUCUUAUUCAGUUAGAUCAUUAAGCACACAUCGUCAGAAAUUAUUAAAAAGUGAAGAAAAUGCUCAAAGAUCUCAUCAAACUACCGAAGGACAAAAAACACAUUUCGGAUUCCAGUCAGUACCCGAGGAGGAAAAGGAACACAAAGGUCAGAGAUCAAAGUCUAUGUGUUGGCUUGUCCGUGGGUGCAAUUGUCAUGUGUUCGGAUGUCUUGUGGUCAAUUGUUGUAACCUCACUUAGCCAUCAAACAUCAAGGUUCAGGUUGUUGCAACAUUAAACAAUCAGAAAUCUGUCCAGAAGAGCCACUGAUGACGGUAGAACUACCGGGAUUGGGGGGAGGGGGGGGGGCCUGGGGUGACUGUGUAGUGUGUUGCUUUCCUAAACAGAAACAUUACAAGACCAAGGUGAACACCCUCUGUAUGCCAGUGUUUCUAUAUUACCUCAAUGUAUAAGUAAAUCACUCUGUCCUGGUGCACAGCUUCCUGGUAAAAGAUGUGGAGCAUGAGACUCUGCUAUAGUAUUUAUAAAUUAUUACCAUUCCACUAUCACUAACAUCAGAGAGCAACCAAUGUCCAAUAGUUGGUUGACUUGUCACUUGUCCUCAUAAUGAGCAGACCAGGGAUAUAUAAUGAGCGGACUAGAGAUUUCGGUACCAGGUGUAAAACAGAAACAUGACGGGUGCACAUUAACUUGAUGUACUGUAAUACUAUUGAUAUUGCUCAGCUACUGAGCUAGUGAUGAAGAAAAAUGUUUCAGUGGCAUUGCAAGGGUUAGUGCCGUCCAAGGUGGGCCAAGAUUUUUGUUGCCCUCAAACAAAAGAUUUUAAAAACUCCUCUGUUGGCCAAUAGUGCCGCCCAUCCAUGCAUAAAAAAGUGCUGCCGGGGCAGACCCCCCUCCCCCCCCCCCAACAUCCACCCUCCCUAUACAAGUCAAAUAACUUUCUUGGCAGUUGUGGGUCAUCCAUCUUAUAAUAGGCAAAUUAGGGGUUUAGGUGGUCUAUGGUUGGUCUUUCUAAUUUGAUAAAAGGAACUUAACUGGUCAACUGACAAUGAAGUUGUUGGCUUUGAUUUGUGCUGAGUAAAAUGAGAGACUGGGCUAGUGGUUAUUAAUAGUUAGGAGGACUCGUUUGCUUUAUUGUAAUCUUUUCCUGACAUAUAUUUCAUUACUUGCCAUCUGUUUGCAUCUUUGUAAAUCACCAUCUAUUUUUUGACAGUGAAAUUGUCACAAAUUUGUAAAAAAAAUAUAAAAAAGUGACACUUUCAUGAAACAUUGACCCACAUGAUCCCAAUUACAUGUAAUCUAGAUGUGUGACGACAUCCACAGAUGCAGGAUUGUGCGGAGGAAAAGGGAAACCUGAAAUUACAGCCCCCAGUAAAUAGUAAAUGUAUCCCCUGAUAUUGAUGCCCCCGGCAGUUACCACAACUUCCCUGUGUGUAUGGCCCCACAGUUUCCAAGAUGAAUAGAAGAUGUGAGAUAUAAGCAUUUAAACUUGCCAAAACCCACUGGUUUAGAAAGAAAUAUCCUACACCAAGAUAUAAAUAGAACUAAAUAAAGUAAUUAAAAAUUUUAAAACUAUAUUUAUUUAAAUCCAGAUACAUCCGAUUGGGAAAUAAAAAUAGAAUGUAUCAUUAAAUUAAUGUAUCUUAAAGACAGAAGAGUCCUCCUUGAAUACCACAAUGGCCCAGUGAAUGAUUAAUAAUGCAGACAAUGAACUUUUUUUUAUCUCAUACAAUUUGUUUAAUGGUUUAUGCAUUAGAAGAAAAUAAUGAUGCACACUUCUGUCUCUGUAGCUAGACUCUAGAAGCUCUCCUUGGUAGGCGAAAAUAUGCAAAGUAGCUACCUUAUAUUUAAUUUAUUAUUUAUAUAUAUUUUUAAGACUUAAUAAAGCCUCCCCACAAUCUUUUAAACCUUUCCCACACUAGUUAAACACUUCCUAUACUCUUCAACACUUUCUACACAUGUAAUUUUAACAUGUACAAUUCUAUAUUGCUACUCACAGCGAUACAGUAUUUAUAAUUUAUUUUUUACAGCUACAGAAUGUAUUAUAUAAAAAGCCUAUAGGCUGCUACAAUUUCAAUUACUAUUGUGAGAGUGAGACUUGUAUUACUAUUAUGAGUGUGAGACUUCAAUUAGUAUUAUGAGAGUGAGACUUACUUUAUAAAAUAUAAGUAGGUCUAUAUAUGCCAUCAAUUACCAGAAGGGAUUAUUACAUUUAUUUUCACAUUUGAAAUGGGAAACAUGCAUAAUGAUUUUAUUCCUCAACUUAAUUAAUUAGUUAAUAAUAGGCCUAACUAAUAGUAGCAUUAGACUCAAUUAGAUCGAGGCCUUCACUUUUAACAAAAAUUGCUGAACUUCAUAAAAUUUUAUUAUUUAUAAUUAAGAGAUUUUUAACCAAACAUUAUUUUCUUCAUUUCCUCAUCAGUAUAUGAAGUAUUUGAGAAUGUAGCAUCAAAAUACGAUCUUAUGAACGACGCCAUGAGUGGGGGAAUACAUAGAAUUUGGAAAGAUAUGUUUCUAGACAGGUUUGCUCCAGCACCUGGUACAAAGCUUUUAGAUGUAGCUGGAGGUACAGGUCAGUCUUGUCUAAAGCUCAGUUAAAUCUCACAUUUUGUUUGAAAUAAUAAAAUAUACUCUGACAUAUUUACAAUUUGAACUUAUUGCCCCUGCGACAUUUUAUCACACUAACUAUAAACAAUGUUAACCAUUAGCUUCCAAGCAAAUGCUAUUACAUGAAUAAGCAAUGUACAGUACGCGCCAAAAGUUACAGUACUAUAACUCUCACAUCAUGAACAUGCAUAUGCCUUCAAAAGGAAGAUAGGUCGGGCUGUUGUCCUUGGAAAUUAGUCUCUUAGUAGAGGAGAAAAAAAAAUUGUUCUUCCACCUUUUUCAAACUCAGUCCCCGCUCUGGACCAAUUAUGUAUGAGUGAAAAUUAUACUCAGCUGUGAAUACUUGUUCAUGCAUCGAGAGACCAGUUACAUCUAGCCAAGAAAUCUUUCUUUUCACAACUAGGAAAAUGUGGCGGCUGGAGCUAUGCACUGUUGACAAACAAAUCCACGCUUUCAAGAUUCAAGGGUUUUAUACAGUUUGAAAAUGAGGAUAGCUUUUUUCAAAUCAGAUGUUAUUGAUAGUAAUAGUAGCAAUGCUAUAAGGUUUCAUUUGAUCUCUUUAAAUUCAAACAUGGAUUACAUAUAUAUGUAUUUACUUGCAGGUGACAUAGCUUUUCGAUUUCUGAAAUACGUUGGAGCACCGACACACAUAUCCCUACAGAAUGAGAGUGCAAUGCGGGUAAAAAUGUUUUCUUCUGUUAUUUUAAUGGAAUUGCACAAACUGUUUAUAAGGAUUUGACAAUUUUUAUUAUUUUUUAUUCGGAGAUUUCAAAAGUUGAAUUGUUAAGAAGUUUGUUUAAUCAAAUGCCUGUUUAUUUCCUGUUGUUUUCGUGCAACAUGAUAUUAUCCAUGGUCGAUAAAAAAAAUGUUUGACUUUCAGCAAAGGAAAUGGUAUAAUAGGCCACCUGUGCAGAAAAUAUCCUGAAAUUUGGCUAAACAAAGGAACUUUACUUACUAAUAUGCUAUUUAGUUUUACCAGCAUUUCUUUAUGUUGACUGCAUAAUCUUUAAUGCAUGAUUAAACAAUUUGCUUACAAAUAAUUAAUGUGAUGAUCAUCUCUCCUCAUAUUUCUUCUCUAAAGGAAAAGGAAUCAUCGGAGGAAGAAAAUCCUGCCGCAAUUAUUUUUUCAGAGCCUGAUGAAAACGGCAGUCAUGUAACAGUCUGUGAUAUUAACCAAGCCAUGCUGGAUGUUGGAAGGCAUAAAGCAGAUGAGAUGGGUUAUACUUCAGGUAUAUUAUAUGUUGCAAUAUUAUAUGUUGUCUGGGUUAAAUGCAGUGAGGGGAGAGCUCCAUGACAAAUUACUUUUAUAUUCUAGUUGAAUAUUUAUUGAUUACAAUGGUUACAGAUUUAGCCUAAAUUUUAUUUAAGGUUUACUUUCAAUCAGUCACAGUAGCAAAGAGCUUAAACUUAAAUAAUGGGAAGGUUUUCACACAACAGAUGUAAUAUACAAAAACCAUAUUAUUAUUUGUAAUUUAUAAGACAGCUCAACUAGAAAUCAGCUGUUUUAAAAUAAUAUUUGUAAUUAGAUAAAAUAUUUUAUUGGUGUCAAUGCCCCACAUUUAUUUUACUUUGUGAAACGUUGUGAUUUGUGACCCAUUCAAUUUUAUCCUAGGGAUUUCAUGGUUAAGAGGCAACGCGGAGAUGCUGUCCUUGCCUGAUAACACAUUUGAUGCAUACACAAUAGCUUUCGGUAUUAGAAAUUGUACACAUGUUCAAAAGGUGAGUCCAACAUCAUUUGUUUAAUGAAAGAACAGCAUGCAACUGUUAUAAUAAUAAUGAGAAGUGGUCUUAUAUAGCUCUGUACCCCAGCCUAGGACUGGACUUUUCGCGCUGUACAUAAAUAAUAUUAGCAAAGAGACAUAAUCAUGAUAUUAAAAUAAAAUACAUAAAUGAAAUAAAAAAACAGCAUGUAAUCAAAACAAUAACAAAGGUAUAUUCACACACCCACCCCAAAAAUUGUACAAGGCAACCCAUGGACGUUUAUUGGUUUAUAGGAGGGGAAUCAGUCAGUAUUCUCAUAUCUGUUUUAGGUUAUAUAGUUUAGAGUAAAUAAAUUGUCAGUUUUUAACCACAAACAGCUUCAUUAACUUGUUCAUUUUAGAACAUGGUAUUUUGUUGUUGUUAAAAUACAACUCUGAAUAAUGAAUAGGAUUAUCAUGCAUAGGGAUCAUUUAAACAAAGAAAUGACAAACUCUUGUGUCAAAAUUUCUAAACUUAAAUAAUUGCCACCUCUGUGAGUCCCUAUUUUUAAACUAAAAUGAAUGGCCAACUCUAAUGAGUCACAUUUCUAAACUAUGUGUUUUCAGGUAUUAAAUGAAGCGUACAGAGUACUAAAACCUGGAGGCAGAUUUUUGUGUUUAGAAUUUAGUGAGGUGAAAAAUCCUUUAUUGCGCAGGUAAGCAAAUACAUUUGUAAUUUGUUAUCUAGAAAAGCUUUUAAGAGUAAACGCUUGUCAUGCUUUUCAAAUUCAAAACACUAUUCAUUACCUACACAGCCAACUUUAUUUUGGUGGCUGUCAUAUUUUUAACAAAUUAUGAGGUUUAAUGUUGAAUAGUGACGAUAUAUUGUGAUAACAAAUAGUGCAUUUAUCUCUGAAAAUUUUCACACAAACAGGAAGAGGCUGUGCAGGUUGUAUUUAUAAAUGAAUUUAUUGUUUUAAGUUUUUUCGGUACUAGAUUAAUAUUGAUUUGUCCAGGUUAUUGCAUUGUGAUAGAUUUAUUUUCAUCAGUACUGAAACAAUUUUUCAAGUUUCAUGUACUGAAUGUAAUAGAUUUCUUCAUCUUAAUUUUAGGGUAUGUGUGGAAAAAUUGAUUUUUCUCUUCUUCUUCUCAGUGUGUAUGAUAACUACUCCUUCCAAGUGAUUCCUGUAAUGGGUCAGGUCUUAGCAGGAGACUGGAAGUCAUACCAGUAUCUUGUAGAGAGUAUCAGACAGUUCCCAAAUCAGGUGAGAGGACAAUUUAUAUGGCCCUCUUAUAACUCAUCACUAUAUCUUUUAUCAUUGUCCCUGUUAUCAAAUGAUUGUAUCUUAAACAUUGUACAUCAUUUCUAAAUUCUAGACCCUCCAUAAUCAUCAGACCACCCUAUCUCUGAAGAAUUUUGUACUUUAAUGAGUCAAUAUUUUCUUUUUAACUAGUAUUUUUCCUUAAAAGAAGUAAUUUCAAUGAAUGUUAGAUGAUAUCACAAGAGACAAGUCUCUAUUCCUUAUUAGAUCAUUUCUAAAUUUUUAUGUUUUAAAACAUAUUUAUAUCUAUUAUUAAACCUCUUCUUUUGUAGGAAGAUUUUGCUGCUAUGAUAAAAUUGGCAGGCUUCAGAAUGGUCAGCUAUGAGAAUUUAACAUUUGGUGUGGCAGCUAUACACUCAGGAUUCAAGAUUUAAAACUUUCUAUUUUUACCUUUAUUCAUUCAAGCACUAAAUCUGUGUUACUAAAAAUAUUUGGAUUAAAAAAUAGAUCAUAGAUGAAGAAGUGCCUGGUAGGAAUCUUACUAAAAAUAUUCAUCCUAUUGUAUCUCUCCUCUAAAUGGUUAGGACUUCUUUUUAUUUCGCCCAACAGAUACUUGAAUGCAGAGUCAAACUAUUGUAUUUCCACCAGCAGCUCAAAUAUUCGACUUUGUGAUAAGAUUCUUAUGCUUUAAGCUUAUAUUUGUUGUAACAAAAUCUGUAUCCAAGCUUAUCUUAAAUCACAUGAAUAAGCUCACAUGAGGAUCUAUCAGAGAUAUUUUUAAAAUAAUAAUAACAGCAACGAAGAUGGAAGCAGAUCUUAUAUUCUAAGAUAUGUACCAGUCUUGCUUUGUGAAGGGUUUAAUAAGGAGGGGUGUUGUCAGGAAUGGUGAUAUUUAUAAGAUGGACGCAAUGUCUUGGCGAAAUAAAAAUUGAUGAAAGAUUUUCUUUUUCAGAUUUUAUAAGGUUGUGUUGGGUUUUUUAAAUAUUUAAUAAUAGAAAGAUAUGAAUCUUUUAACAUCUAAAUUAUUCCCGCUCUUCCUAUGUGUUCUCAGCAGGAGUUUAACAGAAUUUUUUUAAUUACAUUUCAUUGGUUAUAGUAUGCACUUUAAAUUGCACAAGGUCUUCUGUCAAGUUAUAAGAUUUCAUUUGAUCAGAAAUAAAUGUGUUAUGUCUAAUCAUCUUGUGCAUUUGAAUACAUUUAUAUUUGAAGCUUGUAUUGUGAAUAUUUUAUUUGCACACCUGGCCAGUCAAUUUCAAGAUUUGACACUUCAAAAUUAAUACAAUUUAAGUCAUCAUUUUUGUAAUUAAAGCACUCGAGCCAAAAACAUGUUGCCGUUAGAUUGAUUUGUAUUGGAAAAAUAUCCUUAGAUUGAUUUGUAGUGGACAAAUAUCCGUGUCUUGCUUUAAACAUCUUCACUAAUGUCAUAACUCAUAGUCUUUCAAGCAAGGAAAAAACGAUAUUCUUAAAUUUAUCAAAAUAAACGUGAGAAGUUAGUUUUAUUUGACUAUGAUAUUGAUGCAACAAAUAGGGCAAGUUAUUCAAUGUAAGAGAAUAUCAGGUUUAGUUUAUUUGCAAUUAUGAAGACUACUUUUUGUGUGAAUAUAUGG